AUGGUACGCGAGUAUUCUAGUGACAAAUAUAAGACAAACAAGACCUUUCAGACUCGUGUCCGUGAGUACUCCAAAGCCAAAUAUAAGACAAACAGGUCAUUCCAGAAUCUUGUCCGUGACUACAGUCAUACAAAAUACAAGAAAAACAUUGGAUUCCAGAAUAAAAUUAAAGAGUAUAAUAAGAGGAGGUAUCAAGAAAAUGAAAACAUCCGUGUAAAUAAAAUACAAAAAAGACGUGAGAAUUAUUCAACAUGGCAGAAAAAACAGGGAGACAUUGAUUUGGCUACUGAUUAUUUUCGUCAGGAGGUCAGCCGUGGCCCUGAAUAUGUAUGCUCAGUCUGUCAUCGUUUACUCUUCAGGAAGCAGGUGGUUGAGUGUAAAAGACAUUGCUAUGAAAGCAAAGGAGCGGAAGUGGCUGCAUUGGCUAAUAGAUGCAUAACACUGCAAUAUUUACAUGUGUGUGAUGCUGAAUGUGAGCAGAAAUGCCAUUUGUCUGAUAGUCCAUCAAGCAAAUUAUGGAUUUGCCAUACAUGUCAUCAUAAAAUACUCGGAGGAAAACUUCCCGAAGAGAGUGUUACCAACAACAUGCAUUUGGAUAAUAUUCCAGCAGAACUUAAAUGUCUUAACUCUUUGGAACAACAUCUCAUUGCACGUCACAUUCCCUUCAUGAAGCUGUUGUGUUUGCCGCGAGGCCGCCAGAGAGCUUGCCAUGGUCCUUGCGUCUCUGUUCCUGUUAAUAACGCAAAUGUGACAAAUAUACUCCCAAGAAAUGAAUGUGAUGAUAAGAUGAUAAGAGUGAAACUGAAACGCAAGUUGACAUAUAAAGGUCAUUACGAGUACAUGUACGUCCACACUGAUCGUGUCAGAAAUGCACUGAGGUAUUUGAUGGCAAACAAUAAAUGGUACGGUGAUGUGACUAUGAAUGACGAAUGGAUAAACUCUCUGAAUGGCACUGACCAGCAUGAGGAAAGUACCAAACAGGAAACACCUGAUAACAGUGAUGAUGACAAUGUUCCUGAAGAGCAAGCAGAGGAAGAUGUGACUUAUAUCAAAGACCAGAAUGGGCUUUUGUCAGAUACAUCAUUACAACCUGUCGAUCUGGGUUCAGAGAUCAUUGAUCAGAAUUUUCAGGAUAUACUUAAUGUGGCACCAGGUGAAGGUAACAGUCCAGUGAGGUUGCUGUCUGAUAAAACUAACGAGGCAAAAUGUUUCCCUGUUUUGUAUCCAUCUGGUGGACCUACAUUCCAUGAUAAAAGAGAGUCCAAAAUAACUCUGUCACGGUACCUGAAUACACGCAUUCUGAAUGCAGAUGGGCGUUUUGCACAGAACACAGACUUCAUUUUUUACGCACAAUACAUAUCAGAGGUGCAUCAAGUUGUAUCUGGUGUAUCAGUGGCAUUACGCAAAGGUGGCGGCAACUCCUCUCUGAAAGAUGCAUCACCAGACAUGUUGUUGAACUCAGAGUCGUUGGGUAAAAUAUUGCGCAAUGACGAAGGAUACAAGUUCUUACGAGGAAUUCGUGGCACACCUCCAUACUGGAUGUCAGUUCAGAAAGAUUUAUUUGCCAUGAUAAGACAACUCUCCAUACCCACAUUCUUUGCAUCUUUUAGCUCUGCAGAUUUGAGGUGGCCUGAAAUGCUGAACUCUAUGCUAAGAAUAGAAGGUAAACAAAUGUCUGUUGACGAUCUUGACUGGUCUGACAAAUGUGGACUCAUACGUCGAAACCCUGUGACAGCGGCAAGAAUGUUUGAUCACAGAUGGCAUUGCUUCCUCCGUGAUGUAAUCAUGUCGCCAGCAGAACCCAUAGGGAAAAUAAAGGACUACUUUUAUCGUGUUGAAUUUCAACAGCGUGGUUCUCCUCAUGUCCACUGUCUUUUUUGGGUUGAAAAUGCUCCCAAGAUUGAUAAAGAGAAUGAUGAUGAAGUGGCACAGUUCAUAGAUACAUACAUCACUUGUGAAAUUCCACCAGAAACAGAUGCAGAGCUUUACGAGGUUGUGAGCAGCGUACAGAGGCACAGCACAAGACACUCUAAGACUUGCCGCAAGAAAAACACAGUGUGCAGGUUCAACUUCCCACGGCCACCAUCAAGCUGUACUUUCAUCACAAGAGGCGGUAACUGUGAGGACUUAAAUGGCAAUGAUGACAAUACAAGUGCGAGUGCCAUAAUAAAGAAUGUUAAAACUGCGUUGACCAUGCCUGACAUGAAUUUUGAUACAGCCGAUGCAUUUUUUGAGUCUCUUGGGAUAGAUCAAGGUUUGUUUGAAAAGGCGUACAACAUAUGUUCCAAAAAGAAAAGCAUUGUCCUGAAACGAAAUCCUGGAGACAUUUGGGUGAACCAGUACAACAAAGACUUACUCCGUGCUUGGCAAGGCAAUAUGGAUAUCCAGUAUGUCACAGAUGCCUUUUCAGUUGUGGUCUACAUACUGUCAUACAUCACAAAAGCAGAACAAGAAAUGGGUUUGCUCUUACAACGUGCCCAAGACGAGUCAAUGAAUGGCAACCUUGAUGCAAAAGCAGCAUUCAAACAGCUUGGAAGUGUAUACCUACACAACAGAGAAGUUUCAGCCCAAGAGGCAGUGUAUCGAUUAACACACAUGCACUUGAAAGAAUGCUCUCGUGACGUACAGUUCAUUCCAGUUGGUGAUAAUCCUGUUAGGAUGAGUUUACCUCUGCAUGUACUUCAAAAUAAAGCUCAAUUCCAACAGUGUAAUGACGAAAGCAGCAUUUGGAUGACCAAUGUGAUUGAGAGGUAUAAGAGCAGACCCCAGAAUGAACAAUUUGAGGAUUUAUGCCUGGCCAGUUUUUGUUCUGAAUACAGAGUUCUAUCAAAGUCACAGGUUCCGACUGAAAAAGAUUCACAUGACAUUAUACAGCUCAACAACAACUGUGGCUUUGUGAAACGAAGGACCCGAACUGAACCUGCUGUCGUGAGCCUGUGA